GCACCAGGGAUGAACAUUUUUCCUUGGACUGGAGAGUUAGGUGCGUCAAGUUUUCCAACAGACCACCGUAGAAUGAACUUCAAUAUCAUGCCCUCAUGUGUGUCAUCGCUGCUUUCCUCAAGGCUAACUACACCUCAAACAGUAAAACAGCAAUAAAUCUGUCUUGAUGACAGCUUAUUUUCUUGACAACACAUGAAAGCCUCUACAAGAUGUCAGCAGCUGAAGUUUCAACUCCAGAUGAUCGUGGCGGUGAAAACAUAAAUGCAAUGUGAGCUCUCUACCCAGGUUCGAUUUAUGAUAUUCAAGCCAUCUGGAAUUCCUCUGCACCAAAGGCUAACCCCCCCAGUUUUUACCAAAUACUCAAACAGGAGUUGCAAGCACUCUCUAUAGCUAGUCCAGGGGACAUUAACUUCCUGGCUGAUUUCAAAUGUGUUCCCAGAGGAAUACAAAGGGUCUCGUUUUAUCCUUCGCAGAACAGUUACUAAUGUUCACCGUGCAAUUUCAACUUACAAUGCCACGGUUUCUCCAUUCAAGUCAUGUUAAAGUUGAGCAUCAGACCCUGAUUUUCACCAGAGCUAAUCAAUAGCCAUCUUAUAAAAUCCCAUUCACUACGAGGUCUUGGCAAGCAAUUCCCGAGUUUGGAGGCUUGGUAUGGAAUGAUGGAGAGUGCACAGGAAGGAGAAGGAACUACGGAGGAAGCAAAGAAGAGUAAUGUCGCCAGGAAGCUUGAGAAGCAUCAGCAAGUUCGCAUGCUAAACCCCAGAUUGAAAGACAGUUUGGGGGCACAUCUUGGAAGGCAAGGAACCUGAGUUUUACAUAAACAAGCUUUAGAGGAAGAAGCGAGAGGGUGUUGGCGCUGCUGCAUAAACAGUUUGUUGACGCUGAUAUAAUAGCCGUCACCAUACAUUGAUGGCAGACUAAUCCCGCUUGUUAAACAGUCCUGGAACUACACAACAUCGUACUCUCGAUACACAAAAUACAUUCAUGGGAGUUCGAACCCGGAUUGAGGGUUUCAGUUGUAAUGAAUUCGAUUCCGCAUGUUGUUGGAAUCAUUUGAAAAUCCACGUACUUUACGAGUCAAUAUGCUCCCUCGGUUCAAAACCGAGAAAACAUGGGCUGAUCAUCAUAUUUUUUUGGCCCGUUUGAGUCCAUGCGUUCCAAACAAAAAUGUGGGCCCAAAACAAAAUGGGCCCAGAAAAUACCUCUAUAAAGCCCACCUGUUUGUCCAUGAAUUUGCAUUGCUUCUUCGUCUUCGUCUUCUGAAGACACAGAUUAUGCGACGAUGAGUGGGGGCGGACGAAACGUGAACGGAAACUUAAACGCGGUGUUCUACGCGGAGGCGUAUCAUCCGAUUCAGGCGGGAAGCAUAGACGGCACCGACACUCUCCCUCACGACAACGCCGUCUACCGAGCCUUCCUCUGCUCCUCCGCUGGCCUCUAUGACCCCCAGGGGGACCCCAAACUCCUCGGCGACCCUUAUUGUACUCUCUUCGUUGGUCACCUUUCUCAUCUCACUACCGAACGCACUCUUCGCAAGGCUAUGAGCAAGUAUGGCCAGGUCAAAAACUUGCGCUUGGUCAGGCACAUUGUAACUGGUGCUUCGCGCGGAUAUGCUUUUGUUGAAUAUGAAACCGAAAGGGAGAUGCAGCGUGCAUAUAAGGAAGCUCACCAUUCCUUGAUUGAUGAUUCUAAAGUUAUCGUUGAUUACAACAGACAGCAGUUGAUGCCAGGGUGGAUUCCAAGAAGAUUAGGAGGUGGUUUCUGUGGUAAGAAGGAAUCUGGACAGCUUCGUUUUGGAGGACGAGAAAAACCAUUUCGAGCUCCCCUGCGUCCAAUCCCAUAUGACGAGCUGGAGAGACUUGGGAUCCCACCUCCACCAGAAGGAAGAUACAUGUCACCCUAUCAGGUCCCGUCCCCACCUAGAAGGAAAGGGAGCUCCAUGGAUAGAAAAGAAAGUGCCCAUGAAAGGUCCAUGGACAGGGAAGCGAACAUGUGCAGAAGUAGUCCUGUGGAGAACGAAGAAAGGUUUUACAAAAGAUCUAUUGACCCAGAGGACAGUUCUGUAAGGAGCUCAACUGAGACAGAAGAACACUAUCACAACAGGAGCUCGGUUGACAGAGCAGAGCGCUCUCACAGGAGCUCUAGGGAUAGGGAUGAGCGUGCUUCCAGAGGCACAAGUCCCGUCACCGUGAGAGGUCCACCGGCCGUGAUCGCUACUAAGAUUUUCAGCUGGAUGCAGCAAGGGGUUAUGGAAGACCAAGGAGAGCAGUCACUCAUGAUUUCGAAGGAGAAGGAACUACAGAGGAAGCAUAGAAGAGUAAUCAUGUUGCCAGGAAACUUGAGAAACGUCAGCAAGGUCGCACUCUAGACCCCCAUAUUGAAGAGCAGUUUGGAGGUGGGAGAUUGCUGGCUUGCAUAUCUUCCCGUCCAGGCCAAUGUGGCAGAUGUGAUGGGUACAUCUUGGAGGGUAAGGAACUUGAGUUUUACAUGAAGAAGCUCCAGAGGAAGAAGGGAAAGGGUGCUGGCGCUGCUGCAUAAACAGUUUGUCGACGAAGCUCUUUCUUUUUUGGCUUUCGAUGAGAUCCGUUUUAGCUGGAACCUUUUUCAUUUGUCUAGGACAUAUGCUGGUUGCCUGUGUGCUAAUGCAAAUCUUUCGAGUUUUGCUUGGCAUAUCCGGUAUUUCAAGAUUUUGACAAUUGUUUUUUGACCAAUCACUAGUCAAUGUCAUUUGAUAUUUUUGUUGAU